CAUCUUUUCUUUUCUUAUUAUGUCCAAAGACAUUCUGCCCUUUGAAGAAUAUAAGCUUCCUCCUUUGGGACAUGCUAUUUCAGGUGCUGUUGGCUCUACUAUUGCCAACUUGUUUAUUUAUCCCCUAGACAUCUCCACUACCCGGCUUCAGCUUAAAGGAGAAACGGAAAAGAAACAAGGUAUCUUGGAAACAAUCAAGACAAUUUAUGAGAAAGAAGGAGGCAUCAAGGGACUCUAUGCCGGACUUGAAUCAGAUACUCUAGCUACUGUUCUGUCUAGUUUUAUUUAUUUUUACUGUUACACUGCACUUCGAAAUGUUCAAGAGAAAUUGAACAGAAACAUGGGCAAAUCAACAGCACAAUUAAAUGUUGCUCAAGAAUUGUUUUUGGGUGCUGAAGCUGCACUCAUCUCAAGGUUCUUUACUACGCCUGCUUCCAACAUCACAACCCGUCUUCAAACAGCUGGCCAUAAUGCUAAGGGAUUUAAAGAAACUGCUAUUGAAAUUUUGAAGCAGAAGGGUAUCACUGGCUUCUGGACAGGCUACAGAGCUUCGAUUAUAUUGGUAUCUAAUCCAUCUAUUACAUACUUUGUAUUUGAAAAAAUCAAGGCUCUUUAUAUGCGCGCACAAAGAAAGACAACAUUGACAAGUCUCGAAGUGUUUUUGUUUUCUGCUUUUGCCAAGAGUGUUGCUACAAUGAUUACUUAUCCAUUUAUUUUUUUGCGUGCUAAAAUGGUAGGCAACAAGGACAAACAACAAGGCAUGAUGGCUACUUUAAGGGAGGUCAUCAAGAAAAAUGGUGUAUUGGGCCUGUAUAAAGGUAUGCAAGCCCAAAUUACCAAAGGUUUCUUUAACCAAGGUAUCAUGUACAUGAUCAAGGAUUAUGUUGCUACUUAUUUAGCCUUGGUAUUCUAUCAUUCUUACACUUUAUUAAAAAAAAAUUCCGUUGUGAAAACAAUUGCACAAUAAACCAAACAACAAUUUCAUGUUCAAA